AUGGAAGAGAGCAAUAUGUUGGUGAAGUAUGACCUUGAAUCUUUUGAUAUUCAUUCGUCUCAUUCAUCUCCUAGCGCUGAUAGUACUAAUAAAAGCUUUGCGUCUUUUAAGAAGGAGGGUUGCAAAUCACCUUUAUCAUCGUGGGGUUCCAGACGUGAAAGUGAAAAAUGUUUGAGCCUCUCAGGAGAAUUGGACUAUCUUGGUAUGAUACAAAACCGGUCUUUCGAUGAUGGUUUAUUGUGGGAGAUGGAUAAAACAAGUUAUGAUGAGAAAGUUAUGAACUUACAUGUCACGCAUUUGGAAGAAGAGAUUAUCAAAUUGAAGGAUCAAGUUGAGAAUAGUGAAAACCAGGUUGAUGAUUUGUGGGGAGAAUUGAAGUGGAUGGAGGAAGAGUUGCAUAAUCUGAAAGAGUUUUCUGAAAUAGAGAUUUACAAAUUGAAGGCUCAAAUUGAGGAAAGUGAGGCCAAAAAACAUGAUCACGAAAUUUCAAAAUUGGUGAAACAGCUAGAGAUAGCUAAUGAAAAGCUCAAGAAAUCAGAAGAUGAAAAUACAAUUUUAAGGAAGGAACUUGAGAAUAAGUCAUGUGAGAAUCAUGAAUUGCAUGGUCAGCUUAUAGAGGCAAAAGAAAAUAUGGCUGAAUCAGAUUUGGAGUUAGUUUCAGGGAGAAAGCAUAUUGAAAUACUAGAAAACUUGGUUAUAAUAUAUGAGCAAGAGGUGCAAAAAUUGGAAUCUAAAAUGCUUGAUUCACAUGAUAACUUUUCUUUGGAGAAAGAUGAGUUGCAUUUUGCUAUUGCAUGUUUGUUGAAAACGAAAAUAGAACUGACCUCUACAUUGGCCAAUUGUGUGUUUAGAAACAAAGAAUUGGAAAACAAGUUAAGGCAAUAUGAAGCUGAAAAGUUGAAGCAAGAAGAGCUACAUGCUACUCAACAAGUAGUUUUGCAAGAUGAAAACAAUUAUUUGUGGGAAGAACUUGGCAAGAGAACAGAAGAUAUAGAAGCUGUGACUAAGGAGCUGUAUAUGGUAAUGAUUGAAAGAGAUGAAGCCAAUGUCAAGAUUGAUAGGCUUGAGGCUGAGAUAUGCACCCUCAUAUGUGAAAUAUGA